AUGGGUUCACCAGAGGAAGAAGAGGACCGUGACAUGGGAGGCUCCCAGGACGGAAGCUCCGAUAACGAGAACGACAACGACAACGAUAUGGACGACACUAUGCGCGACGUUGAUGAUGGCGAUGGCGAUAAUGAAAAUGACCAAGACGGGGAUGGGGAUCAAGAUGCUGAUAGCCCCUCGAAUGCGAGUCAGGCGUCGGAGGGCCCGGGCAUGCAACAAAACACGAAUGGAAAUGGCGGCAGCUCCGUGAUUGAACCGUUCUCAAUUUACCACCCAAGUGUGCGCCCCGAAUGCCUCACAGCCCGAACAUACGAUGUGGUCCCAACCACCGCCGCGCCGCAUGCCACUUCGAUCAAUGCCAUUACAGCGACAGCGGAUAUGCGUUGGGUUUUCACCGGUGGAGCGGAUGGAUUCGUGCGGAAGUUCAACUGGGCGGACUCAAUAAACAGCAAACUCAUGCUGACCGUGGCGCAAAGGCAUCCCUUCGUGGAUAGUGUGGUGAAAGCUGGAGUGCUGAUGACAUACUGGGAGAACAUGGAUGGUAGCCACCUGUCACCGGUGUACUCUUUGGCCAGCCAUAGCGAAGGAUUGUGGUUACUCUCCGGGUUAGAAUCUGGGGCAAUUCGUCUGCAAACUCUGCGCCACGAUGAAGGCAAGGAAAUCGCGCUUCUGCGACAACAUACCUCAGCAGUGUCUGCGCUGAGUCUCACAUCAGAUGAGGAAUCAUUGCUCUCCGGGGGCUGGGAUAAACGGGUCUUCGACUGGGAUCUGAAUACUGGCAAAGCUAGACGAGCUUUUGGUGGCAGCGGCGGACAAAUAUCUGCUUUGCAAAUUCGGCCAGAGUCCAGCCUUCCGGUCCCCAAGGACACAAUCGAACCGCAGCAGACCAAUGGAACCUAUGCAUCAAAUUACGCUGCCCCUAGUACAGAUAACUUCAACUUUAUGGAUACCUCUCACGACAAUGAAGACGAAGGCCCGCCAGAGAACCCGCAGGCGGGAUCCCCGGCAGAUUCACUCUUUGGCGGAACGGACUCAUUAUUCGGUGAUGCGGACGGUGGAGCUGCGGAUGGUGGUGAGCCAUCUGCUGGGGUAUUUGGGGUAGACGAGGAUGAUGAGUUUAGCCGCGCCGUAGCCAAUGGUGUCAUGCAGGAUGCUGAUGCUCCAGGAGAAGCUGACGAUGAAAUGCCUACCCAGCCAGACGAUGCAGGCGCACAAAGCACCCACAAUGCAUUGUCGCCGCAAACAAAUGUCCAUACAGACGUGCCGGCUCAGAAAAUGGAAAUGAACGAUGAGGACAUUCCGACUGGUCCAGUGCAACCGGUUGUCAAUGGACUCCCUAAAGCAGAGGAUCUAGAGACCCCUCCAUCAGCCGCAGACUUCUCACAAAAUGUGCAAGAAGAGCAAGGUGUGACAACUGAUAACACGUUCCUUGCUGCCUCAAUCGAUGGAACAAUCCGAGUCUGGGACCGGCGGCAGCCUGAUCCUAUUGCUCGUAUCACCCCCUAUAAUUCUCCUCCAUGGUGUAUGAAUGCCUGUUGGUCUCCGGAUGGAAAUUAUAUCUAUGCCGGACGCCGAAAUGGCACUGUCGAAGAAUACAGUCUGCACAAGGGUUUGAGAAAUGCUGAACGAACAUUCAAAUUCCCACAGGGGAGUGGGCCAGUGACCGCACUCAAGGCUAUGCCCAAUGGGCGUCAUCUUGUCUGUGCCUCUCACGAUAUCCUUCGUCUUUAUGAUCUGCAAAAUGAGCAGGGCGACCAGACUUCUCGCCAUUCGCCAGUUCCGUUCCUGAUCAUUCCUGGUCAUCGCACUGGAACUAUCUCUCAAUUGUAUGUCGACAAUGCAUGCCGUUACAUGAUCUCCACCAGUGGUAACCGAGGCUGGGAAGGAAAUACCACUGAAGUCCUCCUUGGUUACGAGAUCGGCGUACCACAAUAG